AGUAAGCUAACUCCCGAGUAGGGGAAAAGGAAAGCUCAUUACCAGCCACACCAUUCUUGGCGCAGUGAAAGGACAUGUCCCUUUGAGGUUAUGCGGUUUUAUUUUCGCUGUUUCUGCCUGUAGGAGAGGAAGCCCAGUCGAGGAAAAAGAGAAAAGACAAAUUAAAACAGCUCAAAGUGAGCGGGAAUGUUGUCAGUCAAAAGUGUCUUCAGGGUCAGACGAUAGAUGAAGGCUAAAAUAAGGCAACCCCUUGGAUCUCACAAACAGACCAGAAGGAUAACGUUUUUCCCCAAUGAUGGAGACUUUCCCGUUUUUAAACAGGAAGUGGGAGCAGACUGUUUCAAGAGGCUUUAACUUAACAAAGUCAGGAACAUGACCUAAAUUCAGACAAGCAUAAGAGACAACUGGGAGCACGUACGCUGGAGGUAGUUCACCCCAGUUUUCCCCCCACAAGGCGGACACAUCAAUCAGUGCACAUUCACAUACGUAUGAUUUACAAGCCCUGUCCUUCCCUUCCUGCCAGUUGCCCCAGUCCUUCAUGGAUUCUUACAGCUUGCACUUUGAGAGAAUGAGCAACGUGGACCUGCAUCCUCUUAGCUUGUCUGUAAGCCGGCUUUCGCCAGCCAAGUCUAACACUAGCAUUGUCGAACAUUUAGCCCACCACCAACACGGCAAAGGAGACUCUGCGUACAGCUCCUUCUCCGGUGGGUCCACUGCCCCAGACAACCCAUCUCCUUUCCUCCCUGAUGACCUACAGUCAAGCUCCUUUAGCCACUAUGCUGACCUUAAAUAUAUAAAGUCUGUUUACCACCCGACCCAGUUUCUGCAAUCUGACUCAAAGACCAUGGAUCAGCUCUACCGCUCAGUUGAAGCCAUCUCACACCAGUAUCGUAAUAACACUGAUGUGAACUACCAUAGCCACAAUAGCAAUGAGAAUUUGCACACCAACAACAAUGUACACUCUAAAAAAGAGGUCAAUUCCAAGACUCCGCCCCAAAAUGCUCAUGCUCCUGCCUAUGCUCCCCCAGUCCCUGCACGCCUUGAUAGUUUUAUAGCCACAAAAAACUUGGAGAACAGCAGGGUUCAUCUCCAUGGUACUGAAUUUAAACCCCUGCCACAACAACCUCAACAGCAGCUCAGACCCCAUGGCCCACCAGAUUCUCAGAGUCUUAAUGCCCCAAGGUCUGAGACAGUGAUCCUAGAUAAAGGAAGCUCAACCUUGAAUUCUGAACCAAUGUACUCAGUAUGGAGAGGCUCUCACGAGAUGCAGCAGGCCCAGCAUCCACCGAGCUACCGGUUGCACCUCCAGCUUCACAAUCAGACAAGAAAGAUCCCAGAAAAGCCUUUUAUCGUGGACAACGAUGCCGACUCUGAGUCGCACAGGUCAGCAAACGCCCUAAGCCGAUCACCACCUCAACUCAGAAACCAGCCUGAACACCUGACUCACAAACCGCCCUCUACCAGCAGUGGCUGUAAUGGGGACCAUCAGAACAGAUCCAGUAGUCAUUUUCAAAGUGAGCGCAAAAGGGCACACUCAGCUCAGGAAUGGUGUGGGUCAGAACCACAGCGAGCCCCCAGCCCCUGGAACAGCAGUCAGAGUUUUCUCAGCAGCAGUAUUCAACAUAAGGGCCAGUUCUACUUUGUUACAGGAGUGUAUAAGCCAUCUGAAUCUGGAAUGAGAACACACUCUGCAACCGUAACCGGUACAGAAGCUGCAAGGGAGGUCUCUGCUGUGUUGGAGACCCACCGUCAACGAGAUAAUAAGCGAUCCUAUAGUACUAUGGAUAAUUUUUUCAGACCUCUCCAGGAGAGUUCUCACCCUUCCAGCAAUACGAUUCCAGAAGACGAGGAGGUUUUUAUUUCUGUGGAUCAGGGAAUGGACCUGAUGUCCAAGAGCCUGGACCAGGUAAAUCACAGACCGCCCCACGUUCUAAAUGCCUUGGAAGAUAGUUGUGAGAUUGGCCGCCACACUGCAAGCAACCCAAUAUUCUACUGCGGACCUGACAGACAGAGCCCUCUACAUUCAGCCGCUCAUCAAAACGAGGUCACUUUGCUGAUGAGCAACGAGUCGCCAAACUACAUCAAGAGAGAAGAUCAUGCAAACAGAGGGAAUUGGCAACCUUUGGAAGAUGUUGCUAGUGAGAGGAUAAACAAAGAGACCACUCCGCUGCUGUAUCACCUUACCGGAGCCAGUAGAACGGUGUUCCUACCCAAGGUAGAUCCUGGAUUCAGUGGAAAGAGAGAAGCAAUCCCUAAUAAAUCCGUCCAGGGAGAUGUAGCGGUAAAUGAUAAUGAGAGACCUGCACAAGGUGACACUAGCCAGAACCACAUUGGAGAGGUUCUGUCCGUUUCCUGCGGCACUCUAGAUGAUUCUUUUAAAAAGUACUACAAAGAAAAACUUAAGGAUGCCCAAUGCAAAGUCUUGAGAGAGACGUCAUUUAAGAGGAGGGACCUGCAGCUGCCUUGGCCACACUGUUUGACCCAAACCUCUGAGUGUAGGCCUGCAGUGAUUCACUCAUUUUCCUCAUCACAAGACUCUGAGAUAUCUACAGAUACACUCACUCCUUCUUUGACAUCCGAGGACACGGAGAAGGGCAGCACGGAAGAGAUCUGGGAAAAUCUAAAGGAAAUCGAUAAAGCUAAGAGGGAAAACUUGAGGUUAGUGAAUGUGGCCCAGCCUCAGGUGGGACGCAUUGGAAGCAGAAAGAGACUGACCCUGGAGCAGAAGAAGAUGUGCUUCUCCGAGCCAGAGAAACUCAACCUCCUAGGUGGCACAUCCAACCACUCGGCUUGCCGCUCCUUUGGGAAUGAAAGUGAGGGAUUGUUUGCUGCUGAGUGUGAAGGAGAGGAGGAGAUGCAGCAAACCGAGCAGGGACUAGUUGCAGCGCGGAGGAAGAUGUUUGAGUCAAGAGGUCGAGCUCUGUCUGUCUCAAGCGUGUCAAAGGCGAACCUAAAGCAUCUACAGUAUCAGGCCCUCAUGGAAUACAUGGGACGCAAAACAGGCCAGAAAGUGGCUGAGCUGCAGCUCCCAACACCUCAUUUGCCAACUCCAUCCAGACAGAGACAUUCUCUUGGUGAGAAACCGUUUGACUGGGGUCCUCGCCCCCAGUCAGGAAAUCAUGAGAAACAUACAAACAAGAAACACCAUAGGCCCCACUCUGCUGGCCGCAUUCUUGAUUCUUCGAGUAGCUCCAUCAGGUAUGCCCAGUUCUUCUCUGCACAGUCCUGCUCAGGCCACUAUCCUGGUCACCAAAACCCCUCCAAACUGAGGAAGAGUCAAGGUCCAUCUCAGGGAAAAUCUGCAUCUGCAGAGAGUCUGUUGGACCAGCAAAAGCCAGCCAGUUUCCUAAGGAACAGAUCCAAAUCCACACCACAUACAUUUCAGGCACAUGGCAAAGAAGAGGAUCCACUACCAGUUAACACUAUGGAAACCCAGAGCUGCCAGAAGAAUGAAGCAGAAGAACCGUCAGAGAAGCGAGCCCCUGAGGGCCAGCAGCGUCCUCGGAAGGUGGGACAGAGGGGGAAGUCCAUGGAGGAGCUUGGAGCAUCGAAGUUGACUAAAGUAUCAGGCCUGAGUAAAAGCUCCGAACACCUAGAUCGGCUGCGGAAGGAUUCAGCUGAGCCUGCAGGCGUUAGCAGAAAUGAGAGGAGUGCUUCAAACGAUGCUGAAGACAGAGAUGCUCGACGACCGGAAACAAGGAAAGAAGCAGAGUUUGUUGGUCCGAAUAACUCUCAGGUACAGAGCCAACACCAAACCCAGAAAAAUCCUCCAGAGAAGCAAGAUACUGAGCAAGGGGAGGAUGCAACAGGUGAAAGAAGCUCUGGUAGAUCCAUCCCUUCGGUCUCCAGUGGAGAACUUAGUGAGACGUUUUCUAACCCACCUUCCCCCAGAGGUCAAAAGAUCAGUGAAUGGGAGCUCAAAUCCGGCUCUUCCACACCCACCCAGACAAAGCUUCCUUGUGAAAGCACACCCAUCUCCAGUAGAGGUGGGACUUCCCAUGGGUUAGAGAGGGAGCAAAAGGUGGACGAAUCAAGCAGCGAAACAAACUACGAAGUGUCUCUGAGCUGCGGCGUCACCACUGAUCCGUCGCUGUGGAUUCUCCCACCAGAGAAGGAGCUCAAAGAGGACCUGCUGAAUUGCCAGCUGACAAACAACAUUUCAGACGAGCCUGGCAGCUCCAUCGCCACGAAGCAGACAAACGACUCCUCUGUGUGUUCCUCUACAUCUGUCUCCGAAGCAGACGUCAGUCAGCAGAAGGAUGAGCAGAAAGAUUUGAACCUGGAGGCUGAGACAGUGGGAGAAAAGGAGGAGACAGAGGAGAGGGGGACGCCAGAGGGAGAGACUGACAGCUCAGAGAGGUCUGCCAAGAAACCCAAGUGGGAGGAGCUUGUAAAGGCAGUGGUCAAAGCUGACCACUCACUGGUCAGGGUGCUCUGUCCGCUGGCCAAUCGUAAGACCGCGCUGAUGCUGAUGGAGCAGCUUCUGUCGGAAGACACACUGCUGAUGGAGGAGCACUACAAGAAGAAACAGGAGCAGAAAGGAACUGUAGAAAGCAGCGACGCGUGUAAAGGAGCAGAACCAUCUCCGUGUCCGCCUGAUUCCGACAGCCAAAAAUCUGAGUGUACAGACGAGCAAAGCCAAGCUGAUAUCACUGAGAAGAAGCGUUUAUUAGUCUGUUAUAUCAACGAGCAUCUGCGUUCUCUGGAGGAGUCACGUGGCGCCCUGCAGACAGAGGUGGAGGAGAACGCAGCCCUCGGCGAGGCGAUGAAGCUGCUGGUGCAUGAACACUGUCUGCCCAUGGAGCUGGAGAGGUACAACUUGUUCAUUGGGGACCUGGAGAGGGUGGUCAACCUGCUGCUGUGCCUUUCUGCCCGCCUGGCCAGGGUCCAGAACGCCCUGAGUGUCGUGGACCAACACACCGAUGCUGAAGAGAAGGAGUCUCUGGACAGUCGCCACCGUCUGCUGUGCAAACAGAGGGAGGAUGCCAAAGAUCUGAAGGACAACCUGGACCGCCGAGAGAACCUCGUCUCCACCUUCCUGUCGCGCCAGCUGUCCGCCGAGCAGCUGCAGGACUACCGGCGCUUCGUCCAGACCAAGGCCUCGCUCCUCAUCCGUCAGAAGGACCUGGAGGAGAAGCAGAGGCUGGGAGAGGAGCAGCUGGAGGCGCUUUCUAACAGCCUGAAUAUGUGAAGGAACAAAUACUUUGGCUUUUAGUUUUCAGGCUCAGUUUGCCUGUUGGAGGUAACCCUAUCAGGACAAAAAAUAACUGAUGACAGUCAAGUAAACCCUUUCCGCCCAUCAGUUUGCACAAUCAGCAGUGUGCAUUAAAACAUGUCUUUAUAUUGUACAUUUGUUUUCACUUUGAACAGAAUUGAACUGUUCCGGUGUGCCUUGAUAUAUUGUAGCUGUUAAACAUUUUAUCGUAGAGCUGCUGUGCAGAAACUUGUAGUAAUUUGGGAUAGUGUCCUUUGUUUUUCACUGAGACAACAGCCCUGCAGCCCUGUACCUGCACCUGUGGAAACCUACUAUAAGCUUUAAGAUCGUCUCUGAGCAGCGACGAGGCUUCAGUAGCCUGACAGAGGGCGGAGUGCUAUAUCAUGUCAGGAAAAAUGUACUGUAGAUGUAGAAGAUUUAAUAUUCUUCUUUUCGGUUGUCUGUAUUUUUAAAUGCAUUUCAAAUAAGGCACUAAAAACCAAAAAAAAAAAACGUUGAAUGGAUAAAAAAAAAAGCACUUUUUAAAGAAACAUGAAUGCACAUUACAUUAAAUCAGAGUAAAUAAUUUCAAGCAAAAGCCUUACUCCAUUCGUUAAAAUCCGUUUAUCAUCACCUUUACAACUUUUACUUUUCAACCAUGUUCAGGCUUGUAUCCCAUGAUGGUUCCAUUCAUUUUCAUGUCCAGAUGAGAGAAAUAUUUGAAAAUGCAUAGCACAAUCUUCACCAAAGGCAAAAGUAGUGACAGCAAAGUCUCCAGGGCAAAUGUGAGUUCAUAAAGUGAGGAUUUAUAUAGUAAUUGAUCCAGUGAGUAGAAAGAAGUCAUGAGAAAUUUUGUCUGUGUGCAGUGUCUUGGAGACUUAACAUACCACCACCCUAUGGAAGGAUGAAAAAGGUUCUGUGGUGAACCCAGUCUAACCAAUUCUCUAUGGUGGGGUGACUGCUUGUGUCAAAAACUCGGGUCUAGGCACGUAUACAUGGUUUCUGCUCCACUUCUGACCAGCAUUGUUACUCAGAAGCCUACGGUCGUCGGCAGUCCCAUUUCUCCCAACUCACUCUGUCACCAGAAAACUUUAUAAUAGCGACCCAUGCAGUGAUUGCAGAGAUGGCCUAGUUAAAAUCUAUCCUCCAUACCCUUGUUUACUUCCAUGGUUUCAGUAAUGUGUCAUAAAAUAGGUGCUCUUUGUAGAAAAGUCCUUAGUACAUCCUUUCUUUGUGUGUCGCCAAUAAGAGGCCACACAUUCAUUUGACAUCUUCCCGUUAAAAAGGCCUUUUUGUGUCAGAGAAAUAAUCCUUUUUGUGAUUAUUAUGAGAAAUUUCCAGACACGUCAUUAUUCGUAUAGGAUAGUGCCUUCCAGUGACUCAAUGGCUUGAAUAUUGUAUACCUGUCAACAGAUGGUAAACCUCACUUGAGCAGAUUAUUAGUAAGGAGCAGUUAUCACAGAGUAUUUCUUCCUACCGUGUCAUUUUGCUGCAGAAGCGACAUCUUAUACUUGAAACACUUUCUUUUUAUAAAGGGGUAAAGUUCAGUUUUACCCUUGAGGUGUCUAUUAUCUUUCAGUUUCCUACCUCCCUUUUCAAUUUUAACCCAUAUGUUUAUUUCCAGCCAUCUUUUGGUACUUGAACCAUCAACAUGCAGUCUUUACACUGCAUUUGUAUUCAUUUUUAUUGGGACUCUUUAACUUGUGACAUCAGACAAUUAUCCCAUUUUAUCCCUCAGAAAUGAUCCCUGUUGGCUGUACUGUCUCCAAUAUUACAUUUUAAUUAGUAAACAAAAUAUACUGUUUUUCUACCCUGACUGAUAUGUCCAUGCUUUGCUUUUUGUUCCAGCUUUGCCACCAGCAUAGAAAAAUGUCUCUCUUUGCUAAACAAACGCUUGCUGGUUUUAGGGCUGAAGGCUGAAAAGACUUUCAUACUGUUUUCUGCACCCAGCUGGAAUUCCUAACUUAUGGAAAACUCCAAUAUUUUUGACAAUGAAACGAAAAGCAUUGAGAAAUAAAAUGGGAUUGGUGCAGCACAGGAAUGAAUCCCAAUUUUUAUGUUUCUGUAUUUACCAACUUCCGUGCUUUACCGAUUCAAUCAAACCAGUUUUGUUGGGAUUAUAUUUCAAUUACAGAUAUCUAACAUUAAAAAUGAAAAUUUAUAUGAAAGCCAAGUAAGAAACACAUUUUAACCCAUUGUGGGUGUAAUCAUGGCAAACAGUUCAAAAUAUAGUUUCCCUGUUUCGUUUCAUACCCAUUUUCUCUUGAGAAUUGUUGGUUUGUGCCUGUUUGGGGUUUAAAGAAAUCCAUGUUUGUAUUAUUGUGAAUAAAUUAAGCUUUCACUGCU